AUGAGUUACCGGGUGGAGUGGACCGCGUUCCUGCGGGAGCGCUACGAGCGCGAAGAGCUACACUUCAAAGUGUUUGAUAACUAUAUUCCAGACUACAAAAAAACGUUGCUGACGACGAAGUUUUAUUCCAAGUAUGAGAACCAAAAUACGGGGUGUGAGGCGGACCCCACGGUCAUGCAAAACAUUCAAAGGGUGAAAUAUGACACGCCACGGGAGAAAUACGCGUGGCCUAUAACAGAAAACCAAUGUUAUGGGUGGUUUCCGGAGCCCCUCGUUUCGCUCGACCGAAACGACACCAGGUUCCACCACCCCAAAAAGUCCACCGACUUCGUCAAACACGAGUUGCGCCUACAAAUGGACGAAUCCACCUUCCCGAAAGUAAAAUUCACGGGAAUUCCGUUCAAAGUUCAAUAA